GGCAAGGGGGCUCCGGCUCCUGGCGCAAGGAGCGUUGGAGCCCCUGCGCAACCGCGUGUUGACAGGGCCCCCAGCUCAAAAGGGACUCCGCCUCUCCCCGUUCAUUUUCUUCAAUCACUCCCGCAACCAACCCCACGCAACCGAUGCGCGAGGGUCAAUCAAGCUGAGAAGGGCAACCCUCGGAAGCUUUGACACAUCACAUUUUGGUCCAUUGCCGAAUCGCACUGUCGUUUUGCGACCGCGACUCGUCGACCAUUUCACUCCCUUCCGGUUUCCCAUUUCAUUCCGCGAAGAAGAGGGCGUUUCGUUGACGACCGGAAUCAAGAUGGGUCUUCGAUUGUACCAGCCGCCGGUUGAAUCGGACAUCCCAUUCAAGCCCCUGGCUGCUGAUAGGUCAGGACGGGCGCGGUCCAACAUCCGCCGGGUCCUGGACCGUAACGAGGACCGAAUACGCGAACGUCGCCGUCGCGUGCUCGCCGCGUACAACAAUUACGACGGGAGAGGGGUGGACCCAGCGCGGCCUCCUCCCGCCACAACUGACAACACCGGAACGAGGUCGGGUUCCGAGCAUGGCCACCGUGCUCUGCGCGAUGCGAGCAGGCGCCUCGGUCUCCUCGAUGACCGGGCCGUCACCAUAUUCGGUGAACGAUGGGCGCAUCUGCACCCCGAAUCGAAUCCGAGCCCGCUUCGCGACCACACCAAUGACCCGCCAUCCAUGUCGAACAUGGCGGUUAAUAUCGAAUUCAUGGCCCGUCGCAACCGUCGUAGCCAUCUACGCCCUGAGCCGCCGUAUACAUUGUCCAACAUGAGGUCCACGCAAGCCCUUGGCGAUUCUGUAAGGAUAACUGAUCCGCCAUCGCGGUUGCCCGGAUCUGACCUGGCGCAGUCCCGAAACACAUCAAGGCCUCAAUCGACCGUCUGGUCCCGCAUGCGUAGGCAAAGAAGCGCUUUGCGGGAUGAUUUGCCUUUGUCCCCAGGUGACGCGCCCCCCGCCGGUGCCAGCCCCUGGAUGGUCGACACCGACGGCUUGGGCGACCGUAACAGGAGCCUUAGCCCGGAGGGUGACAAUUGGGACACGCUGCAGACCACCGUGACUCCAGACCCACAACCACCCAGCGUUGGGUCUUCGUUUGCGUCCGCCUCCGCCGCGGCUACGCAGAGCACAGCCGCCGCCUCGUCCCGCACCUCCUUCACCACGCUGGAUCGGGCAGACGAGCUGGAGUUGUCGUUCGAGCCUCCGUGCGAGUCCGGUUGCGACAAUUCCGACACGGAGGGUGAUGAGGAAGACGAGAUGGGCCAAAUAUCUUAUAUCCCGGGCUCCUCCUACCACCGCAGGGCUGCCGACGACGACCCGGUGGAGCUUCUCGGCGGCAUUGGAGGGAUGCAAAGGAUCGUGCGGAAUCUCGCCCGACGGGAGGACAUCCCAGACGAGUGGUGGGCGGAUGCCGGUCUUAGCCGGACACUAUCUCGCGAGACCUCGGGCAACUGAUUUUUUUUAUAUUUGUUCGCGAUGGGAAAGUAGCACGGCUCGCAAAAUUACGGAGUUAGGGUACCUAUUGGAAAUUUUCCGGGGUUGGGAUGUGGUUCACACGGGUACUUGAUGGCGGUAUAUUAUACCCAUCUUAGUUUUUGAGGGCAGGCUCACGGUUCUGUCACGAUCGCAUGGGGAGGGGUCAUGGCACGAAAGGCUCAGCUAUUCUAGGCAUAUUUGGUCUGCGGUAGGGAUGGUUUGGUUACGAUCUCAUGCAGCGUCAGGAUUGUCACCUUUUGGGCCGCUAGGGGCAACAUCCACGGGUCGACCAUGGGUUUCAGCAUGUGUACGAUAUUUGUAGCUCCAGCGAUUCCAGCGGGAGCUUAGAGGUUCUCGGGGCGUGCCUCCCCAUCCAGGUUAUAAUCGACUUGAUCGAACAUGA